AUGUCUCUUGCGAAGGAGAUCGGCGCUGUCGCGAUGGCUCUUGAACACAGAUACUAUGGGGUAGAGAAACCGACAAGAGAGCUGUCCCGUAAAGUACUGGAGAAGACCUUCACAGUCGACCAAGCCUUGGCUGAUGUCGCACGCUUCCGAGAUUAUGCCGCUACUAAAUACAAUCUCGAGAACGCUCAGUUCGUCACAUUCGGGGGGAGCUAUCCAGGAGUUGUAGCUGCCUGGGCUCGGGCCGUCUAUCCAGAGAAGUUCGUCGCAGCUGUGAGCUCAAGUGCGCCCAUUCAGGCACAACUCGACUUCCCAGAAUAUAAUAACGCAGCUGCCGAUGCCUUCGCCAACGAGUUAGUCGGAGGAAGUAUCGCCUGCGCUACCGCUAUAAAGCAAGCCCACGCGGGAGUGGGUCAGAUGCUCGAGAUCGAGAAACUGAGACGAAAACUGGAGAGGACUUUUAAUAUUUGUG